CCCCUUCACCCCCCUCACUCGCCCGUACGCCAUGGCCUCGUACCAGCUCUUCUGCAUGGGCAACCCCCUGCUCGACAUGCAAGUCACCGGCGGCGAGGAGCUCCUCAAGAAGUACGACCUCAAGCCGAACGACGCCAUCCUCGCCGAGGAGAAGCACAUGUCCAUCUACGAGGAACUCGUGCAGAAGUACAAGGUCACCUACGUCGCGGGCGGAGCAUCGCAAAAUGCCGCCCGCGGUGCCGCCUACGUCCUCCCGCCCAAGUCCGUCGUGUACGCCGGCUGCGUCGGCGACGACGACCUCGCGGAGCAGCUCCGCGCCGCGGACGCGCGCGAGGGCCUCGACCCCGUCUUCCUCGUCAAAAAGGGCGCCAAGACCGGCGCGUGCGCCGUCGUCAUCACGGGCCACCACCGAUCGCUUGUGACGACCCUCCGCGCGGCGGAGCUGUUCGAGAAGGCGCACCUCGCGUCGCCCGAGGUCGCGCCGUGCAUCGAGAGCGCGCGCGUCUUCUACGUCGAGGGUUUCUUCCUCACGCACGGCACAGAGUCUGCGCUCGAGCUCAGCAAGAAGGCGUCCGAGGCCGGCAAGGUCUUCGUGCUCAACCUCUCCGCGCCGUUCAUCCCGCAGUUCUUCCAGGUGCAGCUGCAGCAGAUCCUGCCCUUCUGCGACAUCGUCAUCGGGAACGAGGCCGAGGCCGAGGCGUGGGCGAGCGCGUCGGGGCACGCCGCGCAGACGGACCUCGCCGCGGUCGCCGCGGCCAUCGCGAUGCAGCCCAAGGCGAACCCGUCGCGCCCGCGCACGGUCAUCAUCACGCACGGCGCGGAGUCGACGACGGUCGUGAGCAGCGCGGAGCCCGAUGCCCCGCGCGUGUUCGACGUGCACCCGCUCGCGGACGCGCAGAUUGUCGACACGAACGGCGCGGGUGACGCGUUCGCGGGCGGCUUCCUCGGCGCGUACGUGCUCGGGAAGAGCCUCGAGGAGUGCGUCGAGGCUGGGCACAAGCUCGGCUCGAUGUGCGUCCAGCAGGUCGGCCCACAGUAUCAAUGGCCGAAGGUGCAGAUCCUCUAAGUGUUUGACUGUGUCUCGUGCGGCUCGCUCUCAACAGCGGUGCUCUGUAGCUUUAGGGUGCUUUCUAUGAGCGUGUAGAAUAUCGAGUCAACCGUCGUUAUUUGUAGCUACAUACAUCCACAUUAUUCCUCCUA